AUGGCUUCUUCUUUGUCGUCUCGCACUUGGAGAUACGACGUCUAUGCGAGCUUCUACGGUAAAGACGUCCGUAGGACACUUCUCAGUAAUUUACGCAAACAUUUAAAGGACUAUGCAAUUACGAUGUUCGAUGAUCGAGAGAUCGAUAGAAGCCAAACCAUCGCCCAUGCUCUCACACAAGGGAUUAGAGAAUCGAGCAUCUCCAUCGUAGUACUCUCUAAGAACUAUGCUUCAUCCACUAUGUGUUUGGAUGAGCUGUUGGAGAUUCUCAAGUGCAUGGAAGAUUUUGGGCAAAUAGUGAUGCCGAUCUUCUACGGAGUUGAUCCAUAUGAUGUGCGGAAACAGACUGGAGAGUUUGGGAUCGCUUUCAAUAAAACUUGUCGUCGUAAAACAGAGGAGGAUAUACAAAUAUGGAGCAAAGCUUUGACCGAUGUGACCAACUUAGGAGGAUAUAUCUCUCGAAACUGGGACAAUGAAGCGGAAAUGGUCGAGGAGAUUGCAAGAGAUGUUUUAGGUAUGCUGAAUGCUACACCAUCUAAAUAUUUUGAUGGCAUGGUUGGACUCGAAGCACACUUGAACAAAAUACAUUCUUUGUUACAUUUAGAUGAUGUGGUUGAAGCUAUGAUAGUUGGAAUCUUUGGCCAUGCGGGAAUUGGUAAGAGUACCAUUGCAAGAGCUUUACAUAGCCGACUCUCUCGUAGGUUUCAGCUUACUUGUUUUAUGGAUAAUGUUGGGCAAAUUUUCUAUGAUAGUGAUCUUGACGGGUAUCGUUUGAAGCUGAAAUUACAAGAGGAGCUUAAAUCCAAGAUUCUGAACCACGAUGGUAUGAGGAUAGACCACUUACCUGGAAAUCUACGUGACAAAAAAGUUCUUAUCGUUCUUGAUGAUGUAGACGAGCUGCUGCAAGUUGAGGCUUUGGCUGAUGAAAUUACUUCAUGGUUUUGUCCUGGAAGUAGGAUUAUAGUGACCACAAAAGACAAAGAGCUCUUGCGGCAACAUGGUAUUGAUAAUAAAUACCGUGUGGAUCUUCCAUCUAAUGAACAAGCUUUAGAGAUCUUAUGUGGAUAUGCUUUUGGACAAAGCUCUCCACAUGAUGGUUUUAGAGAGCUUGCACUAAGAGUAACAAAGUUUUGUGUUAACCUUCCACUGCGUCUCCGUGAGGUGGGUACAUCUUUACGUGGUAAGAACAAAGAAGAGUGGAAAAAAUUACUAGGAGACAGAAAUGAACCAAGAAGCAAAAGUAAAAAUCGGUGUUCCACCGGAAUGAAAUUUCUAGUCGUCAUCAAUUUGCUCAUAGAGAUUACAGCAGCGGUUUCAGAACAGCUCUCUUCUGUUCGCAAGCCUUACUUCGCAAGAAUCUCCUUAGCAAUGUCAGUUCUCUCUAUUAUCCUCUUCCUCUUUGAACUCGGUCACAAAAUCCAAGCCAGUAAAGCUCGUUUCCAAUGGAAGUGGAUGCCUAUACCUUGGUUCUACCAUCCAUCAGGUGGCUACAAGAAAAUCUUGGGAAGUUCCACAGAUGCCAUCUUAUUCUUCUGUGGUCUUGGUCAGUUAGCAGUGUCGAUCAGCACUUGUAUUUUCAUCGAAGGAGGAAAGGAGGGUCCCAUCAACGUAGCAGUGUUUCCUCUCUUCUUUGCUAUUGGUAUGGUAAUCUCCAAGUUCAUGGAGAAACCGGCGGCUGUUUCUGAGGAAACUUUACCUUUAACAAUAAAAACACAGUGA